GAAUUAUUACCUAUACCUAUUGUAUCAUUAACCCUAUGUGUAGGGUGUUGAGUGUGGGAAACUACCUACUCCAUAUCUACUGUUGCAUGUAAUCAUGCCUAGUAUCUUAGAGUAGUUUUUUCAUAUCUUUUCAUAUGUACGUGCUUGCUUCAUUAUAAAUAGAAGAGGAAGAGAGUGGUAUUGUAGUCCACUACUCAUAUUUUAAAGUCUCAGUCUCAAGUUGGUAUCAGAGCGGGUCGAUCCCGCUCUGGUUUCUGUCUCAGCUGGUCCGUCACCGCUGUCCGCGGUUGAUCGCCGUUAGUCACCGCCGCUGUCCGCGGCUGUCUAAGUUCGGUUAACCUCGUUUCUGAACUACCCAACACUGUCAAACAACUUCUCAACACUGUCCGCCACUGUCUGCGUCCUCCGCCGCUGUCCGCCACCGUCCGCCGCCGUCCGCCGCCGUCCGCCGCCGUCCACCGACGCAGUUCCGUCCGGAAACCACCGGAUCUGAACCGCCUCUCCGCGCGACAGCCAACCCCGCCGGUGUCGCAGGCAGCGCCGUCGCCACGCGCCUCCACGCGCGUCUUGUCCGUUCGCUGCCGUCAGGCGCGUGCCGCUCACGCGCCGCCUUCCCGUCGCCAGUUCGUCGUCGCGCCACCUCCGUCGCCGUCGCCGGAGCCUCCUCUACCCGUUUUGACCAUCAAAUCUCUGUUCCGGUGAAGUUCAGUAGCACCUCUUGUGGAAAUCGUCCCUUUCGAAGUCGAAAAUCGUCACUGUUUCACUGUUUUCGUUACUGUUUUACUGUUUUCCGAGAUCCUCUCUUUAUCAUGGCCACUGGAGGUCCUACCGGGAGUGCUAUUUCAUUCUCCGGAAGCCCCUGCAUUACGUCCGAGAAACUAAAUGGCCAAAAUUACUUAUCUUGGUCCGCUGCCGUCGAGAUGUGGUUUCUCGGUCAAGGACACCACGAACACCUUGAGAAAGAUGGCAGCCACAUACCUUCUGAAAAAGCUGAACAGUGGAAACAAGCGGAUUUCCAACUAUGUGCUCUAUUGUGGCAAUCGGUGGAACCACGACUUUUGAUGUCCCUACGGGCCUUCAAAACUUGCCACUCGUUUUGGAAGCGAACUCAGAAUAUCUAUGCAAAUGAUAUUCAACGCCUCUAUGAUUCGGCGAACAAGUUGGCAUCUAUGAAAAUGACUAACCAUGAUAUGAUGUCAUUCAUGAAUGACGCUCAAGCUGCUGUGGAAGAACUUCGAAUGUUCUUGGAAGUCGACUCUCUAGAUGAAAUGAAGAAAAAGCUUGACAAGUACUAUAUGGUAAUGAUCCUCCGCGCUAUACACCCAGACUUUAAUCAUAUCCGAGAUCAGUUUUUGACCUCUCAUGAGGUUCCUUCCAUGGAAACUUUGAUCUCCCGCAUGAUACGUGUUCCAACUCUUCAAACUCCAGAAACUCUUGCUGUAAUGGAACCAUCUGUCAUGGUUGCCACCCGAGGAAGAGGAGGUCGUGGAACUAGAGGAGGUGGACGUGGAGGUCGUGGGCGUCCUCAGUGUACGUAUUGUAAAAGGAUGGGUCAUACCCAAGAAAACUGCUACACUUUACAUGGAUUUCCUGCCAAAACAGCCAAUGUCUCCCAGGCAGAGACUACUGACUCCAAGUUCACUGAGGACGAGUAUCAAGAGUACCUACGCCUCAAAUCCAACAGCUUGGCACAGUCAUCUCAAGCUCCAAGUACAUCAACUGUUUGCAUCUCUCAAUCCAUGGAAGGUCACAAUUCAUGGGUAAUUGACUCUGGUGCUUCUGAUCACAUUUCUGGAGCGUGGCUCGGGGAGACGGAUUGGAGAAGGAUAUGAAGCGGGCGGAUUAUACCAUUUUGGAUCUCGUCCACGUGUGUCAUGUGUUGCAGCCCCCAAUCCUAAAAUGUUACAUGAUCGGCUUGGUCACCCUCACCUGUCCAAGUUAAAGAAAAUGUUUCC